AUGAAAUCGAGCUCCAAAUCGAUGUAUGUAUUCUUUAUUAUUACUAAUCAUUUUUCAAAAUUUCACAAUCGCAGAGCUAAAUGCACAUCUACAGCAAUGCACAUGGCAGCAGUAAACGGACACAUUGAAGUGGUCAGAUUCCUUCAUGAAAACAGAACUGAAGGUUGUCGAGAGGAUACAAUGGGAGAAGUUGCAAAGAAUCAUAAAAAAGAAUUAGAUAUUCCAGCUAACUCGAUGAAUUUGUUUGCUUUUUAUAAAGAUAGUAGUGCACUUCAAUGGUUCAAAGACAAUACAACUCUACAGUGCUCAGAAUCUAGCUAUAGAUAUGCAAUACGUCAAGCAAAUCUACCAAUUAUCGAAUGGAUUCGUGAUAAUACACGUCUUCCAUUUCCAAAGAAUGCUUUGUAUUUAUCGAGUAGCGGGGGAAACAGUGAUCUCAGAAUCGUUCAAUAUCUGCUGGAUAAUGGUGUAGCCUAUACUGAAAGUGCAAUGGACAAUUGUCCUAAACUUUCAAUAUUUGAAUAUUUACAUUUUAAUCGAUCAGAAGGAUGUUCAUCAGAAGCACUGGCAAAUGUAAUUGAAAAUGAAAAUGUUUCAAUCAUCAAAUUCCAUUUACAAAAUAGAACUGAACAUUUAGAUUCAAAUUAUAGUCUAUACUAUGUAGAUAUCCACAAAACGUUUGACUAUCCAUCUAGACUUAAACUAAUAAAACAAUAUAAUCUUUAA